AUGUCAGCUGAGAGUCGACCACCGGUUGCAGCGCUGGCGUACGGCGGGCAGCGCAUCGUUGGCGGCAGCGAAGCGACGCGCGGCCAGUUCCCGCACCAGGCGGCGCUCACCGUCGACUACUCCAGCUUCUGCGGCGGCUCGCUCGUCUCGCCGCGCUGGCUCCUCACCGCCGCCCACUGCGCCUACGGGGCGUCGAUAUGGAGGAUCUAUUUGGGUGGCGUAAGGUCAGAUUCGGCAUCUGAGGCCGGCCGCAUCACCAUCACCUCGUACGAAGCCAUAGUCCAUGAGCAGUACGAUCCUUACUACAUCACCAGAGACGUCGCCGUUAUCAACCUUGGUCAGGACGUCGAGCUCACCGAUUACAUCCAGCCGAUACAGCUGCCACCCAGUUCGCUGUCUGCCGAGAGGUUCUUGGGAGAAACUCUUACCAUCAGCGGCUGGGGCUACACCUCCGAUGAUUCGUACAGCGUGUCCGCUCAGCUGAUGUACGUGCGCGUCGGCGUGCUGUCUAACGCAGUGUGCCAGCUGUACUACGGCGGCAGCGUGCUCAGCUCCACGCUGUGCACCAGCGGCGCGUCCACCAAGGGCACCUGCGGGGUGAGUUCCAGGCUCUCCAGAGGCGCGCACCAGCGCACUCUCUCUUUCUACGCUGCAGUUCACAGCUUUUGGGUUACAUCUGUAGCUAGAUGGUGGUGA